AUGUCUGAAUAUCAACCUUUAUCAAGCAUUGACUUCGAAACGAAUCCUGAUGACUUACUCUCUCCCUUUCAAGCAAAGCCAAUUCAAAAUCCUAAUUUUAAAAAAACAAAACUUUUGUGUGAAUAAGAAACAAUUUUUUUUGAUAAUAAAAAAAGUUUUAUAUAUAAAUGAUUAUAACGAAAUUACUAGCACUUUUUUAGCUUGUGACUCUAAAAUCUAUUUAUGCCAUUAUUACUUUUAAAUUUUAGAGGUCUAAGAUCGAAAAAUUAAUAUAAAUUAAUAAUAUAAAAAAACUUAUUAAAUAAUGUGAGCAAAAAUUUUCUUGCUCUUUCCAAGGAGAGGGGAGUUAGCGUAAUUUUCAAGCAGCAAAUUUUUUGAUAUCCAUGAUAUUCGAGAAGGCAUCAGUAAGUCAAAAUUCAUUGCUCUCGGAUCGACAUCAUGGUUAUGCUCUUCUUUAAAAACACACGACAAAGAAGGGAUUUCUCCAGAUUCUAACUUCACCCAAGCUGCUUAAAAUUUAAACAAAAUUUGAUAGAGAUUUCAUUAUAAUAAUUAUCACUCUAUACAUCAAUUUUUUUUUCCAUUAAAAAUAUUUGCUCGUUUACGGAGGGUGGGUUUUUAUCCAAAAAAUAGUUUUCAAUGGUUUUGCUCAUUCACUGGGGGAUUAAAACAUAAAUUUUGCAGAUUAAAUUCAUUUAUAUUUCUCAAUUGGAAUUUUUUAAAUUUUAAAAAAAUUACUAUAAAAUUUAUAUAUAAUUUUAAAAAAAUAAAUUAACCUAACAAAAAUGUUUUAUUCGCUCACAAAGGGGUAGUAAAGAAAAUCUCGCAAGUAGAAAAAAAUUGUAUUUUUUAUUCAGCUUUGGCACCAAUGAGCCCGAGAAACCUCCUAUUAACUCUAUAUGAGCGAUUAUUUUUGAUGCCUUAAAAGAUUUUACAAUUGAGCUAUUGUUAGCAGCAGCAACAGUUUCCCUGAUAAUAGGAAUAGUUGAAUCAGAAAAAGAAGGCUGGUACGAAGGAAUAUCCAUUCUCGUCGCUGUAGCAAUAGUUGUGUCAGUAGCUUCUACACAAGAUUACUUAAAGGAGCUCCAAUUUCGCAAGCUUAAUGAAGAAAUAAAGCGCUUGAAGAUCGCAAUUACUCGAAAUGGGAUCCUAGAAGAAAUUUUCCAAGACGAUAUUGUGGUAGGAGAUUUGGUAUCAUUGAAUCCUGGCGAUAUAACUCCAGCUGACGGCAUUUUAGUAAGGUCAUACGGAAUUAUCGUAGAUGAAAGUGCGAUGACUGGAGAAAGCGUUUCAGUAAAAAAGGGCGAAAACGACCCAUUUAUUCUUUCAUCAUCCGUUAUUGUAGAAGGCACUGGAGACAUGAUCGUAUGUGCUGUCGGCAAAAAUUCUUUAGCUGGAAGGAGUCAUUUAUUUUUAUUAAAACAAGAUAAAGAAUUAACGCCUUUGCAAAUGAAACUUGAAAAAGUUGCGAAGCACAUAGGGAUUGCAGGGGCUAUCGCUGCUGUCAUAAUCUUUAUUUUUAUUUCGUUUUUCAUCUUCGAAGGAGCUAUAGCAGAUGAUGACUGGGAAUCUGAUGACACAAGUGAUCUUCUUACAGCGUUUAUUUUGGCAGUCACCAUAUUAGUUGUUGCGAUACCUGAAGGGCUUCCAUUGGCGGUAACUUUAAGUUUGGCUUUUUCAAUGAGGAAAAUGAAAGAUGAAAAAAUUUUUGUGAAGCAUUUAAGUGCUUGUGAAACUAUGGGAGGGUGUGAGGAAUUGCUAAUUGAUAAAACAGGGACUAUCACAAAAAAUGAAAUGAGAGUUGUGAAGUUUAAAAUUGGGUUAAAAAAAAUUGACUUAAAGACACCUAUUAAAGAUAAAAAUCUGGCAGAGAUUAUUGCUAAAUCGAUUGCAAGAAAUACGACUGCAGAUAUAAGGAAAAUUGAAGAAAAAUUAAUAAAGACUGGAAGUAGAACUGAGUGUGCACUGCUGAUGUUUUUAAGUGACUGGGGAUUUAAUUUCAGGACUUUAACUCCCCCUUUCUGCGAAUGAACAAAAAUAUUUGUUCUAAAGGAGCGGGAUUAUUUUUUUUUUUUAAAACAAUUUUCAAAUUGCAAAAUGCAAAAUUGGAAAGUAAAAAUUAGUUCAAUUUUUAAAAUUUAUGUUUAGAAUGCAAGCCGUUUUAAAUUCAACAGAAUUAGCUAGAGAUUUCAUUAUACUAAUUAUCACUUAUAUAUAGUGACUUGGGAUGAAGAGCACUUUUUUUUGGCUUGACGGCAAGCCAAAAACAUCCCGUGAUCUUCAUCCUAACUAACAAUAUCAAUUUUUAUAUAAAAAAACUUUUCCAAUGGUUUUGUUCGCUUACGGAGGGGAGUAAGAGAUUUAGAUACCCAGGCGAUGCAGAUCCCCUUUAGUUCUGAGUCUAAAAAGAUGACAACUUUUCAUGUAGGAUUUGAAAAAGAGGGAUAUCUGUAUGUAAAAGGAGCGCCGGAAAGAGUUAUUGAGAAGUGCAAAUAUUAUUUCAAAGAGGAUGGAACGAUAUCAGAGUAAUUUUUAUGCAGGCUAUCAGCAGAAAUCAUUCAGGAAUUCAAUUUUCUUAUUACAGAAUGGUCUCAAAAAAUGAUUAGAACUCUAGCAUUGGCUUAUAGACCUGGAACUCUUGAAGAUCUCCAAUUAAAUGAAAGGCCAAGCAAAGAAGACAUAGAAAAUGCAGAGAAAAACAUGAUUUUAAUUGGAAUUUUCGGAAUAGAAGAUCCUCUCAGAGAAGAAGCCAAAAGUGCACUGAAUCAGCUGAAAAACGCUGGAGUGACUGUCAGAAUGAUAACAGGGGACAGCAAAGAAAUCGCUGCCAAAAUAGGAAAGCAAUGUGAUAUAUUAGAUAUUGAUUAUGAGCUGCAUGAAAAGAGCCAAAUUAUGUCAGGAAAAGACUUCACUGAUAGAGUUGGAGGAGUUAAAGAGGAAUUUGAUGAAGAAGAAAAGAAGAGAUAUUAUAAAAUAGGGAAUGAAGAGGAAUUUAAUAAAGUUUCUGCUUCAUUGAGGAUUUUAGCAAGAUGCAGCCCAUAUGAUAAGUUUGUCCUUACAAUAGGGCUGAGAAAUUCAGAUAAAAUCGUAGGAGUGACUGGAGAUGGAACAAAUGACUCAUUGGCGUUAAAAAGUGCAAAUAUUGGAAUAGCUAUGAUGACUGCAACGCCAAUGGCUAAAGAAAGCUCUGAUAUUAUUUUACUAGACGAUAACAUACAAAAUAUAGUUACUGCUGUUAGAUGGGGCCGAAACAUUUAUCAAAAUAUCAGAAGAUUCUUGCAGUUCCAGCUAACAGUCAAUAUCGUGGCUUUACUUUUGUGCCUAAUAGGUGCAAUAUCAGUCGCAAGCUCUCCUCUCUCAGCUGUACAGAUGUUGUGGGUAAACUUAUUAAUGGAUUCUCGGCUUGUUUGGCUUUUGAGAGAUACGGGCAGUAUACAAUAUAAGAAACCAAUAUGUAAUUAAAAGAAAAGAGCUAGUGUUUCACAUCAAUAAGAUAUCAUUAUGUACUAUAAGUAACUUAUAAUAAGGAGCAAAAAAAACCAUUAAAUUUGACGGUAAAAAUUUUUUUUUUAUGUCUUAAUGAAAAAAGCUUGUUGGCUAUAUAAACUAUGAUACUGUUAAGUCUAUUAAAUAAGCAACUUAUAUGUACUAGAAAUAAGAUCUGACAGUUUCAUAUAAUAGCAAACUGACGUUAUACCUUGUUUGCAAUUCCAUUCUGAAUAUAUUAAAAAAUCAAUAAGCGCUUUUCUUAAUAAAAAAAUAAAUCAUUAUGUCACUAAAUUGGGUUUAAGUCAUCUAAAAAAAAAAACGAAUUUCAUCUCUUUUUCUCAAGAGACAACGGUUUAUUAGGUGCUGCAAAAACCUGCUUAAAAAGACCCGUUAUAUUUGCGCAAAAAUUAAUAUAAUUUCUGCACCGAUUUGCGUUGCAACACACAUUAAUAUAGUGAAACGAUGCUUUAUUUUGAUCCUUAUUUAUAUCAGAUUUUAUGUCUUAUAUAAGAGAAUUCAAUAUGAUCUAAUAUUUCGAAACUAUCAGCUCAUGAAAAUGUGAAAUCGUUUACUCACUCCCCCCCUUUAAAUUGAAACAAAAAAUUUUGUUUCAAUUUAAAUGGGGGUUAAGAAAAUUUUUUUAUAUAUAAAAAUUUUUUCAGAGAUAAAAUUUUAUAGAAAAUAAAUUAUAUAAAUUUAAAGAAUUUCAUGAAAAAUUAAUUCAUAAAUUUCUCAAUCUCAAAGUGUAAACUUGCUGAAAUGGUAUUCUUCUAACUCUCCCCAUAACAAUUGGACAAAAUAGAGUUUAAUUUCUAAAUCUUAUAUGUUUGAAGCAUAUUAAAUAGGGUAUUAACGUAUUUACAUAUAAAAUAAUGAUUUUUACCUAUAAAAUUUUCUAUUAUAAUAAAAUUUUGUUUCAAUUUAAAGGGGGGGUAAUUUCCCAAAAAAGUAGGAAUUUUACCUAUAUUUUGUUUCAAUUUAAAAAGGGGGGGAGUCAGUGAAAAAAAAUUAAACAGAGCUCCUUAAAAUAGAAAUUUAUUUUUUUAAGAAAAAUAAAAUUAAAAUUUUGUUAUUAAAUACUUUUAGAGCAAGCUUUGUUUAUUUUAUUGCGCUUUUUUUUACAAUAGUAACAAUAUUUAAGGUAAAUCAUACUUAUUUCAGUUCUAAGUGUGCCUCUUUCAGUGGCUAUUAAAUAUAUUAAAAUUAUUAAAAAAUAUAUAAAACCGUUUUUUAAGACAUAUUCUUUCAAAAUAUAUCAAAACGAUGACCAAAAAUUUGCAAUAUUUUUUGGGUUAAUUUCCUUAAAAAAGGUUUUUAUAAGUUUUUUAAUAAUUUUAAUAUCUUUAAUAGACACUGAAAGAGGCACACUUAGAGCUGAGAUAAGUAAGGUUUUACCUUAAAUAUUGUUAUUAUUUUAUACAAAAAAGCGCAAUAAAUAAGCAAAGCUUGCUCUAAAAGUAUUUAAUAACAAAAUUUUAAUUUAUUUUUCUUAAAAAAAUAAAAUUUCUAUUUUAAGGAGCUCUGUUUAAUGUUAUUUUCACUGAGCAAACGAUUUCACAUUUUCAUGAGCUGAUAGUUUCGAAAUAUUAGAUCAUAUUGAAUUCUCUUAUAUAAGACAUAAAAUCUGAUAUAAAUAAGGAUCAAAAUAAAGCAUCGUUUCACUAUAUUAAUGUGUGUUGCAACGCAAAUCGGUGCAGAAAUUAUAUUAAUUUUUGCGCAAAUAUAACGGUCUUUUUAAGCAGGUUUUUGCAGCACCUAAUAAACCGUUAUCUCUUGAGAAAAAGAGAUGAAUUUCGUUUUUUAUUUAACUAGAUGAACUUUGACUUAUAAACAUAACAAUUCCGUUUUUUAUUGAAGCAAGCGUUUAUCGACAUUUUUUUAUUUUCAUUAGACUCUCGCAAAUUAUCUAGACCGUUAGGUUGCAUUGAUGAAUUGCUGGUAUCGUCUAUUUUGCUUAGUUACUAGGUCUUUUUUAUUAAGGACUCAACUGUUUCCAUUUUUGUGGAGAUCUAGAAUCUUCUAUUUUUGUGAUAUAAAAAAAAUUUUUUACAGUCAAAUUUAAUGGUUUUUUUGCUCCUUAUUAUGGGUUACCUGAAGGACAUGAUGUUUUCUCAUUUAUAAGAGAUACUAACUCUUUUCUUUUAAUUAAAUAUUGGUUCUUCAUUUUAUGGACAUCCCGUAUCUCUCAAAAGCCAAACGAGCCUAGAUUCUCUAGCAGCUUUGGCUCUUGCAACGCAAGAUCCUGAUGAUAGAGUACUAGACUCAAAGCCAUAUGGGAAAAAUGAAUAUAUUUUAUCGUCUUGGAUUAUUGCCAACAUAGUUGUCCAAUCUGUAUAUCAAAUGGUUAUUAUGAUGGUAAUUCUUUAUCUUGGACCAUAUAUUUUUGGAAUUGAUGCAGGCUGGGAUUCAGACUGGCCUGACGAAGAAUCUACUCAUUAUACCAUUUGUUUUAAUACUUUUGUGAUGCUGCAGCUUUUUAACCAAAUCAAUUGUAGGAAAACGAGGGCUGAAGAAUAUAAUGUCUUUUCAGGGAUUUUCCAAAACAGAACUUUUUUGUCAAUAUUUUCUGUAGAAUUUGCACUUCAGAUUAUUUUUGUUCAGCUAGGAGGAGAUUUUAUGAAUACUGAGCCUCUGGACUUAUAUCAAAUUCUUAUUUGCAUAAUGAUUGGCUCAAGCACAUUAGUAGUAACUUUGCUUUUCAAAAUAAGCACGAUACAGUUUUAUCAAAGGAAAAGUGAUUAA